AUGGCGCUUGGAGCCAACCUUCACAACACUGCUAUACGAGGGGUCUCUCUCUUCUGCUAUAUUAUGGUAUGGAUUUCUGCCAUUAUUGUCACUGGUCUGGUGGGCAACUUCUUGGAGCGAUUCUCGAGCCGAGGCGUUGAUAUCGUGUACAUGGAAGUCAUCGCUGUCAUAACAAUGGUUUUCUACCUCGUUGGAAUGAUUCUGCCAUGCUUACCCAAGUAUGGAGGUGUCAUGGCGCCUCUUCAUCUCGUCUUCAGCUAUCUUUGGAUCACGGCAUUCAUCUUUGCCGCUCAGGAUUGGAGCCACAAUCGAUGCCAUGUCUCGAUCCCCCGAAGCGGGCUCUGUGGCCGGAAGCACGCAAUUGAAGCAUUCAACUUCCUUGCCUUCUUCUUCACUUUGUGCCUCAUCUUUCUUGAGUCAUGGCUCUUCUGGGAACACCGACGAAGAUUGCGCGACGAACCGCCUACUCAUCAUAUUACCAAAGAGCGACCGGCCUCUGGAGUUUCCGGUGUUUCUGGAGAUACCACCGCUAUGCCGCCGCCGGUUGCCCAACCAGUCCACAACGGCACCUCUGCUGUCUAA